CUACGGCUCCUCCACUGACGCAGUGCAGCUCGGCAGUGAGACGAGGUGCAGCGCGUUAGUCUCGUGGCUGGUUUUUCAGCCGAAAUAUUGUUUGAACCGGAAACACAAAGGCACCGAUGUCAUGGUUCAAUAGCCCGGUCAGUUUAUUAGACCUCGGUGAAAAUGAAACAACUCACCUGCGUGGUAUACAUAACAAAUUUCGUUCGGUUCUUCAGGUGAGUGGCCUUGAUCAAGUCUUAACCGUACAAUCCGCUACCUGGCUCGCCACUGGUGGUGGGAUGUGCUUUGAUUGUGACAUCUGUGUUCGUGGACCUACUGGCAGUGGCAAGACGUUGGCAUAUGCCUUACCGCUUCUGCAAGCACUAGCCAGCCGUCCAGGUUUACGUGAGCAGCGUGCACUUAUUGUCAUACCCACCUUAGAUCUUGCAACACAAGUGUCACAGUUACUAUCUCCACUUUGCGACGCCACUGGACUAACGGUUGGAGUACCAUUACGCACACAUCAAGAUAAGUGCCUCGUUGAUCGACUUACACUUGAGAACCUUGCAACCCUGAAUCGUCCAAGCCAUGCAGCUCUUAUAUUACAGCCAGUGGACCACAAAAUUGUACGGGCACGCAUUAGGCAAGCCACAGAUUUUUCGAAUGCUAUACCAUUAGAUAGUGCUUCUGAAGAACGUUUUGAUGUUAUGGUAGCGACACCAGGUCGACUUGUCGCGCAUGUCAAGGAAGUGUACUAUCAAUUACUUUCAGGUCUUGAGUUUCUUGUAAUAGAUGAAGCAGACCGUGUUUUACGGCAGUCCUAUCAGGGUUGCAUAUCUUUAAUCGAUUCUGGUGUGGGGGCAAGGUCACCUCAUACAGGAAACGGCGAUCGCAGUGUGUCGUCAAGACGGCUUCGAAAACUUCUCAUUUCGGCGACACUAACCCACGACUCAGUACGCUUCGCCCACCUACAUUUAAAUUCACCAAGAGUAAUCCAGUCGUCUGCCUAUGAAUCAGAUUCACUCUGUGAUUCUCAAUAUGUUAUCCCAAGCGAUCUUGACGAGAAUUUUAUUGUCACAGAAGCUAUUAAGAAACCGUUGGCUUUGUGCGCAUUGCUCAAAAGGAUUGGCAGAGUACCUGUCAUUGUUUUCACUUCUUCUGUAGCCAUCACACACCGUCUUUUCCUCCUGCUUGACUCAAUCAAAGGUCUUCCGUCGAGCGCCGUGGAGUACAGUUCUUCUUUUUCUCAAGGUGUGCGAUCUGCAGCUCUCGAUUCCUUUCGUUCUGGAUCUAAGCAGCUUCUAGUCGCUUCUGAUGCCGCAACCCGUGGACUGGAUAUCAAACACGUUGCUGCAGUGAUAUCGUAUGAUGUCCCUCUGCAUCAGAACACAUACAUUCACCGCGUUGGGCGAACUGCAAGAGCUGGUCAAAAAGGGACAGCGUACACGAUUUGCCGUUCUUCUGAAACUCAACGCUUCAGAAAUAUUCUGACAAAGGUAGAUGGGCAACGUAAAGGACGAGCAUACACACAGAUCGUACUUUCAGAAGAGGAAACUCAGGAGUUCGCGGGAAAGCUGAGAUCAGCCAUCGUUGCUGCAAAACUUACUCUAGAGGCCGAAGGGAUACAGAGAGUGGUGAAUAUUGAGACACCUACGACGCACGCAGUGCGAGUUGCAACUGCCCAAGCUUGUCACAAUCUCUGCAAAGUAGAGCUCUAGGAAGGUACACGAGGCACUACAACGUACAUAUGAAGGUAAGUUGUCUAGCUAGCUACGUACUACAACUAACCUAAUAUGAUAUGAAAGUAAAUAUGC